AUGGCCCAUUGCUGCUUCACUAUAUCCCAGUUACUGAGGUCCCUUCUGGUUAAAGCAUAUUUACCGGUGAAGGACUGUUCCUCUUCACAGGAGGAAGGCUUACGACUGCGAUUUGCUUCGGCCUGGAUCCGAAUGAGAUACGACCACCCUACGGUCGCCUGUCGGGUAGAAUAUGAUCGGAACGAGAAAAAUGGCACAAAGGUCUAUGAGACCGUUACCGAGCCAUCGUCCUUGCAAGACUGGACCGAUGCGACAUUCCAAGUUAUUUCCACCGGUAUAUCAGGACCCGAAUGGUGCAAUUCAGACCCUCCUGUCCCGGCACUGCCGACUCUCUUCCUUCUGAAGACCUCAUCAGAGGACGCUACAUUCCGUGCAAAUCUUGUUCUUCGUGCUCAUCAUGAUAUAAUUGACGGAAUUGGGACUUUGGUUCUGUUCAACAAUUUAUUCACCCAUGCUGCAGAGGCCUAUGCGCAGCGUACCAGCUGCUGCCUCCCGCAGUCUGGCGGGGAAUGGGUCAACCUGAGUCCACCUCUUCGUGAGCGACUACAAGACAUUUCAAGAACGAAUGCCUUGGUCAAGGAGAACGUUGAGAUCGCAAGCCCUCAAUUCAACAAGCAGAACGCUUUCCCAGGAAAACACCAGCCGGGCUUAAGUGUCACUCAUGCCUACCAUGCUGCUAUUGCGGCUACUGUCCGCGAUAAACAGGAACGUAGUACAGAGGGGCGCAACGUCCGCUACAUCAACUACUGUCUUAGAAAUGAACGUGCCUACUGUCAAGGGCCAUAUAGCACGUCGGCACAUCCUGUAUCGGUGUACUAUUCUGUCUUACAUAGCGAUGCACAAACCGCCAUUACCGAAUCCGACACCAAGUCUGAAUUUAUGAACAUAGCUCGCCCAAUCCGCCACUUCUACCUCGACAUACGAGACGACAAUGAGCACAUUUCCCUCGUUCCUGCAUUUUGGGCGAUGUCUACCAUUCCAUAUCCUGUUGACGAGAUCACGCAUGGUAUUCCAGCCCGCAACGAUACGCCGUCCGUAUCAAUCUCCAGCAUGGGUAUUCUAGAUAAGGUGAUAAGGCCUGAGCACGGACCCUUUCAACUGGAUGAUCCAUGGGUUACCGGGGAAGAACUCGGAACCGGGAUUGGGUUGUUUCUGGGUACUUGGAAAGGGAGAUUGGCAUUGAGUGCAGCGUAUAAUGAAGCUUGGCAUGAAAAAGAAGAGGUGCUGGAUUUCUUGGAGUGUUGUAAUCGUGUCACGUUUUUGGGGCUUGGGGUUGAUGAGUGA